UUUUGGAUAGGCCAGUCUAUGUUUGUGGUAUCUGAAAAUUCCACUGUUUGGAUUGAAGGGAUUUGGUAAAUUCUUGUCACUGGGCCAUGUCUAAGCUCGGUGACGACGAACUAAGCUUAAUUCUCAACUGGGUCAAUGACAGGAAUGACAGAAAAUCAUUCUCUGAGGUCUGCAAGCAUUGGCUCAGGGUUGAGGGUCUAGCUCGCUCAUCGAUACGGGUUUUCGAGCUCGAUCGUCUCCCUCAUUUAUUAUCAAGAUUCCCAAAUCUAGUCACUUUCGAAACGUCAGAGUUCAUCACUGACACUGACCUCGCAAUCUUAGCUCGAAAAUGUCCCAGAAUCGAGGUCGUCAACUUCGCCAUCAAACGACCGCGACUAGUGGAUUCCGACAAUUUUGAUGGGCAAUCGAGUUACCAUGAUGUUGGGGACGAAGGUCUAAUCGCUUUAGCAAAUGGGUGUCCGAAAUUGUCCAAGGUCUCAAUGAGGAGGAGGAAGAAUAUUGGAAAUGCUGGGGUUUUGUCGCUCUUAGAAUCGGCAAAGUGUUUGACGAAUUUGGAUUUCGGGUGGUGUAGUUUGGUCUCGGACGAAGCCCUCGAAGCAAUCGGGUCGGCAAAUUCAAUCACCGUAUUGAAUUUGCUGGGCUGUUCUUUGAUUACGGACCGUGGAUUGGCUUGGCUUUCAAAUGGGUCAUCUUCAAAAACCAUAAAAAAGCUAGUUCUCGCGGAGUGCGAUCGAAUCACUGAUUGCGGUGUUACGCUUUUGCAGCGAAUGAGUGGUCUGGAGGAGCUGAAUUUGGCAGAGUGCGGACCGAAAAUCACUGAUAUUGGGGGUGUAGCAAUUGCUGCGAUUCAAAGUCUGAAAAGAUUGAAUUUGUCGUGGCUGGUGAAUGUAUCAGACCCAACACUCGUUGCGUUGGCAGAGAAUUGCCCUGUGUUGGCAAAUCUUGAUGUGACCGGUUGUGAGCUGGUAACAGGAGCCGGUGUUCGAGCAUUUGCAGGGCAUGGGUGCUUAGAAGUUUUUGUGUUGCCUUCUUGUUACAAUGUCAAUGUGCUUGAUGUGGAACAUUUGGCCGUUGGAUGUCGUUCCCUGCAGAUUAUUGUGCUCGAUAAGGGUUUAAGAAUCUGGGUAACAACUCAGAUACACGACCGUAUUGGUAGAUUUUGCAACUUGGUCUGGAGGUGAAAAGGGACUGUUUACGACGGCAGCUUGAAUUGCUAUCUUGAAUGAAUUAGGAUUAUUGUGAAUCAUAUAUCAUGAAUCUACACAAAUUAUAAUAUAGAAACAAUUUCAAGUUUUCAGAAAAUUUCUGGAAAUGUGUGUGUGUGUAUGUUUUUUUAUUUUAUAUUUAUUUAUUUAUUUAUUUAUUUUAUUCUGAUA